AGUCAAGUUGCAUAUAUGCACAGACAAACGACAACACAACCAACCAAAAGCAAAAUCAGAUUACUGAAAUGGCGAACGACAACCGCGUCGGAGAAAUCGAAGAAGAAGAAGAGGCUGCACCGCUGCUAUCGGAAAGUGCCGGAGGUGGAGGUGCACGUAUACAAGCAAGGGAAGGGUCCGAUUGACGUCAUUAAAAUGGCUCUGGGCGGGUGGGACCAGGACCAGCUGGAAGUCCGAGAAAUUCUGGAAAAGUACGGGUUCAAGUCUGUUUAUGCGUUAACACCCGGAUCGGGUCGGGGAGUGCCCAUCAGGUUUAAUCCGAGGAACGGCCGGUCGUUGCUCACUUACAGAGAUGGCGCCGUUGUUUAUCUUGACGGAGAGCCUAAGGACUCAUUGCUCCAGCCCGUUACCAAGAUAUUAUUAGGAGUAGCAGUAAUAACCGUAAUGAUUGUCUUGGUUAUGAAAGAGACUCCAAACUGGGCAAAAAAGCUCAACUUCUCAGGUGGUCGUAUUCCACCUUGGGUUUUAGCUUGUGCAGUUAUUGUUUUCACUCGAUUGCGGAAGAGAACCAAGAGUUUUCUAGAAAAGCACCUACAGUGAGCCUUUGGACACUUCACUUAAGUUGGAGAGAAGAACUUCCACUCCCUAAGGUUUUUAUCUUUGCUACUUCGACUGGCAUAACUCAUUCAUCCACACGUGAGACACUGUUGGAUGGUUUUGCUUUUGGUUACAGUACGAGAAUGUUUUGGCUCCAUAAGAAUUGUUCAAUGGAUGCUUCAAACUAGAACUACGAGCGAUAUUUCCAACUUUUGUUGUCUCCAUAAAAGAUCAUACAACUAUAAUUUAGACCUGGUAUAGGAUAGCUUUUUCUUCCUUUAUUAUGCUUUACUGCUGUGAAGAACUGAACCUGAGUAGAAAAGCACAGGUUACUUUGUUGAAAGCCUUUCCAUUUGAUUGAAAUUUAGAACUCCACGAAGCUGAUGUGA